AUGAAGGUGAAAGAGCCCCGACACCAGGCCAAGCAAAACCGACGUUCCAAGUUCAAGAGACAGUCUAAAGGUGCUCACGUCAACUGGAUGAGACAGCAACUGUAUCAACAAGAAACAUCACAGCCACGUGACUUAACGGCAACGGACAAGUGUCACGUGCUCACACCACCGACGGCUGUCAAGAAAGAUGACGUGAAAGACAAACCCAAAUCAAAUCUUCACUACCUGCCCAGCACCGGACCCGGAUACUCCUCACUGACGGACUACGACCCCGUCUACAAUCCCAGGAUGCUCCCAUCAUCUCACAACGUCUACAGCGCUCUCACUGACGCAGUAUCCAGUACACGGCCUGUCCAGCAGAGUUCUCUUCACUACCCACAUCUGAUGACAGAAACAUCGUUCCAAGUCACGCCAAGCCCGCAACAGUGGACGGAGUAUUCCAACCAGACCAACUUCAGCUCUCCCUUAAGUCCAUACCACCAGAAUUAUCUUCUCAACUGCCUUAGCGAUCCCAUGACAUUCCCCCAGAUCGGUGUCUAG